GCCUCGUUCCCGUCUGCGUGAGGGCUGUGCGUCGGCCGUUUCCCGUCUCACCGGAAGUACGUAAUCGCUCCGCGACCGCAGGAGGGGCCGCCGCCAUGGUGCAGCUCGGGAGCGGCCUUCUGAAGAGCUAUCGAGGCGGACACGUCGUGAUCCGUUUCGCCCUCGGCGGCUGCACCAACCGGCCCUUCUACCGCAUCGUAGCGGCGCACAGCAAACGCGCCCGGGACGGGAAGUACCUGGAGCAGCUCGGCUGCCUCGACCCGCUGCCCAACGCCCACGGCGAGAAGGUGGCGGGGCUCAACCUGGAGCGCCUGCGGCAUUGGCUGGGCUGCGGCGCGCAGCUGUCGCGGCCUGCCGAGAAGCUCCUGGGCCUGGCGGGGUUUUUGCCGCUCCACCCCAUGACGAUAACCAACGCCGAGAGGCUCCGGCGGCGGCGGCGACGAGCGCAGGAGUCCGUUGUGCCCCCUGCUGAGGGCGGCUCGCAGGAACCCGGCGCUGCGGUCUGAGAGGCGCCGCGCGACCCCGUGUGCGCAGUGAGUGCCCUCCGCGCAGGGAAGGAGCGACAAAUGUGACCAUCAAAUAAACAGAAUACCCCAAGUUGGAAGAAACCCACAAGGAUCCUUCGGUCCAACCCUGGCUCUGCACAGCACCACCUGAAAUUCAAACAUUAUGUCUGAGAGCAUUGUCCAAAUGCUUCUUGAACUCCGUCAGUUGGGCUGUGACCAUGGCUCUGAGGAGCCUGCUCCAGUGCUGGAAAAUACAAUGAUAUAUACAUAUUGACAUACAGCUUGAUAAAUACAUUGAUUUUUUUUU